CCAUGAAAAUAAAUGAACUCAUUUUUCGAUCUUUAGAGCCCUGGUAAUGGCGUUUUUGUUUUGAUUUUUAACUUUUAUCACUCAUUAUUGUUUUGUUCUCUGAUUUCGUAAUUCCACAGAAAGUAGUGUGAGGGAGCAGCAGCGUGCAUCCAAUUUAAAACUAUUUUUUUGCAAAAUAAUGAAUUAAAUAAUAUUUAACAAAUAAACAAAUAGUAAAAAUAUGUUUCCUAGGCAAAUAUUUAGAAGUAUUUUAACAACAAAUCUACUCUUUUCACAACGAACAACAACAAAACUAUGGAAGCAUGUGACUGCAGCGAGAAGUCUUCAUUUGAUGCCUUCAAACUUUGCCAAAAUUUACAUGGACCGGGAGAAUUUACAUGCCCAUCAAGUGCUGGAGGAAUCAUUGAAACCCUAUCAAAUAUUUGCCACUGACAUUGCCUUUAGUGUGGAUGAUCUCUCGUCAUCUGAACUCCAAGAAAUUGUGAAAUGUCUACCAGAAAAUUUCAGUACCACAGAAGUUUUCCAACAAUUCCGCAGGGUAUGUCACUACUGCCAUAAGACCAAUACCUUGAUAUCGAAUGAAGCAUUCACGGCAUUUGUACAACAAUUCUGCGAUCGUAUUCAUUUGCUAAGCGAUGAUGAGUUGAGGGAGUCCCUUAAAGGCAUGGCCCUGCUGCCUCAAGAGGAGAAUGUUCGAGCACAUAAUUUUGUGGAGCUUUGGAAUAUCUUGGAUAUCGAAUGUUGUCGCCGAAUAGAAAAGUGGUCUACGGAUGAGCUUUUGUUGGUGUGUGAUGCCUGGUAUGCCUUGAAUUUGGCACGCAUCUGUGAAUAUGUUUGGGAAGCGUUACGUAAAUUAGGUCGUAAAGUUAUAAAAAUGCAGCCAUCGCAACUGGUCCAGACCAUGUUCUUUUGUAAUGUGAUGCGCCGCACUGUUUUCGAUAUGUUUGAUUUUGAAGUUAAUUUGGCCAAGUGUGCCAAGGAUAUGAGCCUGGGAGAGUUGGGUGUUAUGUCAAUGGGAUUUUUUAAGACCCAAACACCGAUUCGAAAUCCUGAACUCAUUAAUUAUAUGUAUGAGAGAUUAAUGAGCGAAUUGGACACAGUUGAUGAAAUAACAUUUGUGGCAAUACUGAAGGUCCUGCGUUAUAGCUCCAAGCUGCCUCAAGUUGAUAUAAUGAUGAAAUUACUGGAUAAAAUUAGCCAGGAAAAGUUUGAUGAUAUGAAUUUAUUGACCUGUCUACACGUUGCCCUGCUUGGCUGUGAGCUGCAAUGUUGUCACGAAGAAAUCGUGGAGAAAAUUCUGAAUAAGUUUCACAAUGAAAUAGCCAAUACUCGUCUUAAAGAUCUGGAACGAAUCUCCCUUGCAGUGGCUUUAUUUAAUAUUAAAACUCCCAACAAAAUUGAGGACUUGUUGUGUCAGAGAAUUUUAGAUUCUCUCAAGGGACGUGUUGAUGAAAUCAUGAAACAUCCCAAAUGUUUUACAAAUUGUCUGCACUAUCUCAGCUUGAGAGGAUUUUACGAUAAGGAAAUGUUAUCUGUGGCCCUUGAUAGGAAAUUUUUAAAACAUGCCGUUGGCUCAAGUCUAGCCGUAAGUAGGGAAGUUUUUAAUUUGGACACAUUUGUUAAAGUGAAUCUGGCGGAUGAUAAUUAUGAAGGAAAUCAAUUGGCCGAUAAAUAUCGCAAGACAAUGGGUAAAAUGUUGACACAUUAUAUACCUGAUAAUAAUCCCAAAUACAAACUGAAUGCAACCGAUCGAAUUUUGUUGCAAAUGAAGGAGAUAACAGCUGGUUUCUUGCCACAUUGUCAAUUGAAACAUAUCUUACCAAAUUACGAAAGGGCUGAUGUGGUUAUAUGCUAUGAUCGGUCGACACGUAAAUCGAUACCUCUGGCUGAGACAUGUCCGGAAGAUUAUAGUGGCAUUGUGUUGACGCGGGACCGACUUUUAGGCGAUAAACUGAAUAAGGAUAUUGAAACGGUUGCCCUGAUAAUUGCUGGUUGGAACAAUGUGGUAAGGGGCAAGGACAGACAUACUGGAUUGUUUGACAUGAAAUUGAAACAGUUGGAAAUAUUGGGACACAAAUCUGUGGUGAUAUAUUGGCAUGAAUGGCGUGAGCUAGAAACUCGCCAAGAUCGUGUAAAAUUUGUUAAAAGACGUCUAUCUUCUGUUAUUAAUUUAUAAAGUCUUUUUCGUGUAUUCAUAGACAAGGAAUAGUGUGGCAGUAGCUGGUAUUGUACG